GAGAGAGAGAGAGAGAGAGAGAGAGAGAUUGGGGGAAGGUGAAGCUGAAGCUCCUUUAUUGUCAGUGCUGACCUCUGAUUUCAUCUGAGAGCAGUGACCAGGAGUGGGGACAAGAGGGUAAAGUCCUUGAGCUGGAAUAAUGACCCGUGACAGGCUGAGAGGGAUUUCGCAAGUGCUUCUGUGGUGGGUGUGGGCGGAGCUGUUGGAAGAACAGCCGGAGGACCAACCCAGCUCAGCUGAGAUCUGAUCAGCCUUCAGCCAGUGGCACCAACUGGUGUCCAAUUCACAGUGGAGAACAAUCUCCCCACUCUCUUCCCUCCCUGGGUGGGAGGAGACCACCUUCCUUCUGUGUCAGCGCUUCAUUCCAAGGCCAGCCUGAAUACCACCACCUCUCUUCCCUCCUGGGAGGAUGAGGGCUGGGAGCCUGGAAACUUCUGCCCUUGCCAUCCUGCUGGCGUUCAUUGCUGAGUCCCAGGACUGCCAGCUGCCCCCUGUGAUGCCCUCUCCCUUCCCCCCUCCUCACUCAGGAUGCUCCAGACCCUGUAUGACUACUUCUGGUGGGAACGGCUGUGGCUGCCUGUGAACUUAACCUGGGCUGAUCUAGAAGACCGGGAUGGACGUGUCUAUGCCAAAGCCUCAGACCUCUACAUCACACUACCCCUGGCCUUGCUCUUCCUCAUCGUUCGAUACUUCUUUGAGCUUUACGUGGCCACCCCACUGGCUGCCCUCCUGAACAUAAAGGAGAAAACUCGGCUGCGGGCACCUCCCAACCCCACCUUGGAGCAUUUCUACCUGACCAGUGGCAAGCAGCCCAAACAGGCAGAGGUAGAGCUCCUGUCACGGCAGAGCGGGCUCUCUGGCCGCCAGGUAGAGCGCUGGUUCCGGCGCCGCCGCAACCAGGACCGGCCCAGUCUCCUCAAGAAGUUCCGAGAAGCCAGCUGGAGAUUCACCUUUUAUCUGAUCGCUUUCAUUGCUGGCAUGGCCGUCAUUGUGGAUAAACCCUGGUUCUAUGACAUGAAGAAGGUUUGGGAGGGAUAUCCCAUACAGAGCACCAUCCCUUCCCAGUAUUGGUACUACAUGAUUGAACUUUCUUUCUACUGGUCCCUGCUCUUCAGCAUUGCCUCUGAUGUCAAGCGUAAGGAUUUCAAGGAACAGAUCAUCCACCACGUGGCUACCAUCAUCCUCAUCAGCUUCUCCUGGUUUGCCAAUUACAUCCGAGCAGGGACUCUGAUCAUGGCUCUUCAUGACUCUUCUGACUACUUGCUAGAGUCGGCCAAGAUGUUUAACUAUGCGGGAUGGAAAAACACCUGCAACAACAUCUUCAUCGUCUUCGCCAUUGUCUUCAUCAUCACCCGACUGGUCAUCCUGCCCUUCUGGAUCUUGCACUGCACCGUGGUGUACCCACUGGAGCUCUACCCCGCCUUCUUUGGCUACUACUUCUUUAAUUCCAUGAUGGGAGUGCUACAGCUGCUACAUGUCUUCUGGGCCUACUUCAUUCUGCGCAUGGCCCACAAGUUCAUAACUGGAAAGCUGGUAGAAGAUGAACGCAGUGACCCGGAAGAAACCGAGAGCUCAGAGGGGGAGGAGGCUAUAGCAGGGGGAGGAGCAAAGAGCCGGCCACUAGCCAACGGCCACCCUGUCGUCAGUAACAACCAUCGUAAGAAUGACUGAACCAUUGUCCCUGCUGCCCCUCAGAUUAAUGCAUAAAGCCAAGGAACUAGUCCUUCCUCCCCACAGGGCCACUUUGAGCCCUGGGGGCUGGGGAAGGGGGCUGGGAAGCAGAAAGCAAGGAGAAAGUUCUUCUGUGUCCCAGCCCCCUGCUUCUUUGUCACCCAGUUGCCUUUAAACCAAAUUCGAACCAGCCAAUCCCCAGGUAGAGGGGAGGCUGGUACAUCCUUUGUUAGAAGGGGACGGACUUCUUUUCCUCUCUUUUUUUCAAGGUGUACUGUUGUUUUUGAGGCCCUUCCUCAGCUCUGGGGGUGGGGGUUACAACUCACAUUCCUUAUUCUUCAGAAUUUGGCCCCAGCUGUUUGCCUCUGACCCCCUGACCUCCAGAGCCAGGGUCGUGCCUUACUGUGCCACCUGUGGGCCUCAUUCUGCCAAAGAUGGACCAAGGCUCACCUUUCUAGGCUCCCUAACUUGGGCCAGAAACCAAAGCUGAGCUUUUACUUUUUUCCCUCCAAAGACACAAAUAAAUUGAGUGUAGGAGGGUACAUAUGACCCCUGCCCUACCUCUGCCAAAAAGGAGGAGCCACACUGGGACUGUUCGGCCGGUCUACGUGUCACUUCUCUGCCAGCUCUCUCUAGUCACAGGUCCAAGAUCUUACUGCCUCCUUUCUCUGGCCUCUUUCCCUAGGCUAGCUGGUUUGGAAUAGAAUGGCAACUAGUUCUAAUUUUUAUUUAUUAAACAUUCGGUGUUUUGGUUUUCAAGCCAGAAUUACAGCUAGCACCUGGCAUUUGAGCAGAGGGACCACUUCAGACCAAAAUGUACUGUUAAUGGUGUUUUGUUUUUUUUUUUUAAUUAAAAUAUAUUAAAGAUGAAAACAUGGCAACAAGUGUCUGAGACUAGCAGGAACUGCGAAGGGGGAUCAACUAAAUAAACUAAGGUAGUCUUCCUCA